GUCGAAGACUGUUGCAUUUCUCUCCAUCUUGGAUCGUUGGAUCGAAAGUUACCAUUAUGUCUGAACGAAGAGGCUCCGUUGGUGCCGCCCGUCAUGGCUCCAUCGCAGAAGACGCUGCCGCUCUGGAGCAGCUAGGCCACAAGCAAGAGCUCAAGCGAAAUUUUUCCAUGAUUUCUAUGCUUGGCCUUGCCUUUGCCAUUCUCAAUACCUGGACAGCUCUUGCCGCAUCCAUCUCUCUCGCCCUGCCGUCUGGUGGUCCCAGUGCCGUGAUAUGGGGUCUCAUCGUAAGCGGCAUCUGCAACCUAUGCCUCGCUGCGUCACUUGCGGAGUUCCUCUCUGCGUACCCAACCGCUGGCGGCCAGUACCACUGGGCUGCGAUCAUUUCGUGGCCGAAGUGGAGCCGUGGAAUCAGUUACGUUACAGGCUGGAUCAAUGUGUCAGGCUGGGUGGCACUGACCGCAACGGGCGGACUUUUGGGAUCUACGUUUGUAUUGAAUCUGAUCAAUCUGUUCAAUCCAAACUAUGAAUUCCAUGCUUGGCAUCAAUUCCUUGUCUACCUAGCCUUCAACGCCGCGGCGCUGGUGAUCAACGCAUUUCUUACUCGGCUGCUUCCAUUGGUGACGAAAUCGGCGUUCUAUUGGUCCGUUGCUGGUUUCAUAAUCAUCAGCAUCACGCUCUUUGCAUGCGCAUCACCCGAUUUCCAAAGCGGAUCCUUUGUUUACGGAAAUUUCAUCAAUCAGGUUGGGUGGCCCGAUGGGCUGGCCUGGCUAUUGGGACUCUUGCAAGGGGCGUUUGCACUGACUGGGUUCGAUGGAGUGGCUCACAUGAUCGAAGAGAUUCCUAACCCGCACAUUCAAGGACCUCGAAUCAUGCUGUACUGCAUUGGAAUUGGCAUGGUCUCAGGAUUCUUCUUCCUCAGCUGCUUGCUGUUUGUGCUCAAGGAUGUCAAUAAUGUCAUCGAUUCCGCGGCCGGACCGUUGCUACAAAUCUUCAUGGACGCGACGAACAAUCGAGCCGGAAGUACGUGUCUCCUUAUGUUCCCACUCGUCUGCAUGUUGUUUACCACAACUUCGAUCAUGGCAACUAGUUCACGCAUGAGCUACGCCUUUGCCAGAGACCGUGGACUGCCGUUCAGCAGCGUCUUUGCUCGAGUGCACCCGACGUUGGACGUGCCACUUAAUGCCCUCAUUUGGACGACCGCAUGGGUAGUGAUCUUCGGUCUAAUCUUCCUCGGCUCCACGAGUACAUUUAACGCCAUCACAGCAGCCUCUGUUGUUGCCUUGGGCGUGAGUUACGGCAUUCCCCCCAUGAUCAAUGUUUUGCGUGGCCGUAAGAUGCUUCCAGAUGACAGAGCAUUCAAACUCCCUAGCGGUCUUGGUUGGACGUUUAACAUCGUUGGAAUCUUGUGGACAAUUUUGACUACUGUGCUCUUUGUAUUCCCCCCUGCAACGCCCGUCACUUCGUCGAACAUGAAUUAUGCUAUCGCUGCUUUUGGAGUAAUCCUGGUGAUUUCGGGCGGCACGUGGAUUCUCGAUGGUCGCAAGCAUUAUGUUGGUCCCAAAGUAGACGUUGAUGGAUUGCUUCAAGGAAAGGUCUCAGGUAUGGAAGCGGAAAUUCUAGCUGAUCCAAUGGGGCCCCCACAGGAGAAGGAUGAGAAACAAAUAGCCGCCCCCUGAAUGCGGCGGAAGCAAGGAAGUGACAGCAAAUGCUGCGCGUGUUUGAGCACCUCUUUCUUUCCCUUUGUUUCUUGAGUGUGUAAAGUGCUCUCACUUUUCACGUUUCCCUUACGUCGUUGCUUGCCAGACUAGCAAAAGGCAACUUUACAAAUUGCUGAGCAGCAAUGUCAGCUCAGUAGCGUAGAGAUGUACAAUCCCCUGUAGCCAAUAAAUCCAUAUAUAUCCAUUUCAAAA